GGGAGAGUGAGGAUCUCCUGAGUAUACACUGAGGAGGAGACGUCUGGAGUUGACUAGUCUUCGAAGAGCACUUCAGGGCUUCUGUGUGGACCAUGUGUGCUGCGGUCCUGGAGGAGUACUGUGGGUCCAUCUUCUGGAACUCUUCAUGCGUGGAGAGGGAGGAUCCAGACCUGCCAGUAUGCGUGCAGCAGACGGUGCUGGUGUGGAUCCCUUUGGGCUUCCUGUGGCUCUGUGCCCCCUACCACCUGGUGGCUCUCUGUAGGAGGGCAAAGAACACAAAAUACAUAUCCAAGCUUUACAUUUGCAAACAGCUUGUUGCGUCUCUGUUGUUCCUAACUGCCAUAGCGGGCCUGGGCGUCACUUUAGGAGAAGAUUUUGCUGCUGGCCAAGACCCUCCAUUAGAAAAGAAUCCUAGUGUGUACUUGGCCAACCCCGUCCUUUAUGCUGCGUCAUGGGUGAUGGUGCUUCUGUGCCAAGAAGGAUCAAGACGAAGAGGAGCAAUCGAUUCUGCCACUCUCUUCUUCUUCUGGUUUCUUGUGGUUCUGUGUGAUGUUUUCCCUCUUCAGUCUGUCAUACGAGAGGCACUCGGGCUGGGAAUGGUGGAGGACGUCCCUCGAUUUUGCCUCAUUUGCAUCUCCUUUGGGCUGGAAGUGAUUGCACUCAUCCUCUCUGCUGUUGCUGACAUCUCUCCACAAGUCAGGGAGAUUGCAAAAAAGAAUCCAGAGGCAGGUGCUGCAUUUUUGAGCAGAAUCACUUUCAACUGGUUUCAUAGCAUGGUGAUGAAGGGGUACAGGCAGCCCCUGGUUCAAGAGGACAUGUGGGCGCUGAAUGAGACGGACAGCACGGCUUACAUCAGCGGGCACUUCCAGCACUUCAUGCAACUGGAGUUUGCCGUAGCUCGACAGCACUACCAAAAGAAGCUGGCGAAAAAACCAAUCGAGAAAUCCCAGAAUGAAUCCUUUCAAAAUGGACUCUCUGGUCUGGGGAAAGGCGUCAGUCAGGAUGGGUUAAUGAUGGAGGAGCGAGGCAACAAAGAAGGCAAAAAAGAAAAGAAAACAAAGAAAAAGAAGGAAGAAGAAAACUACCCUACCUCAUGGCUCAUACCUACCAUCUAUAAGACAUUUAAAUGGGCUCUGAUUGAGUCGGCCUUCUUCAAGCUUCUGCAAGACCUCCUGGCUUUUGUAAGCCCUCAACUACUGAAAUUGAUGAUUUCCUUCACUCAGGAUAAAAGCAGUUAUGCAUGGGAAGGCUAUCUAUAUGCAGUGUUGCUUCUUUUGGUGGCCCUCCUGCAGUCUCUCUUCCUGCAGCAGUACUUCCAGCGCUGCUUUGUGCUCGGGAUGCAGGUCCGUACGGCUAUCAUGGCGGCCGUUUACAAAAAGGCACUGGUGGUCUCCAACGACACACGUAAAGAGUCCACAGUCGGGGAAACAGUGAACCUGAUGUCUGCUGAUGCCCAACGAUUCAAUGACGUGGUCAACUUUAUCCACCUGCUGUGGUCCUGCCCUCUGCAGAUUGCCUUGUCCAUCGUGUUCCUGUGGCAGGAGCUAGGGCCCUCUGUGUUGGCUGGACUGGCGGUCAUGGUCCUAAUGGUGCCAAUUAAUGGACUGCUAGCAAGCAAGGCCAGAAACUUCCAGAUAGACAACAUGAAAUUCAAGGACAAGCGAUUGAAGAUAAUGAAUGAAAUACUCAACGGAAUGAAGAUUCUGAAGCUGUAUGCAUGGGAGCCAUCCUUCCAAGCUCAGGUGGAAGACAUCAGAGGCCAAGAGCUGAACGUCAUGAAGAAGUUCGCCUACCUCGCGUCAGUCUCCACCUUCAUUUUCAGCUGUGCUCCAGCUCUGGUGUCUUUGGCCACGUUUGCCGUGUUUGUUGCCGUGAGUUCAGAGAACGUGUUGACCGCAGAGAAGGCGUUCACUUCCAUCUCUCUUUUCAACAUCCUCCGCUUCCCUUUGGCCAUGUUGCCGAUGCUCAUUGCUGCCAUUGUGCAAACAGCAGUGUCCAGAAAGCGACUUGAAAAGUUUUUGGGAGGCGAAGACCUUGAAUGUGAUAUCGUGCGCCAUGACCCCAGCAUCAGUUCUGCUGUUAACGUGCGCAAUGGUUCCUUUUCAUGGGAGAAAGAUGGCGAGCCCCUGUUGAAGAAUGUGUCUUUGGACAUCAAACCAGGGCGGCUGGUCGCAGUUGUGGGAGCUGUCGGCUCGGGCAAGUCUUCUCUGGUGUCGGCCAUUCUGGGAGAGAUGCACAGCAAGAAUGGAUUCAUCAAUAUUCAGGGUUCUCUUGCCUUUGUACCGCAGCAAGCAUGGAUCCAAAAUGCCACUUUGAGGGAUAAUGUCAUGUUUGGCUCUCCCCGCGAUGAGACGAGGUUACAGGAAGUGAUCCAAGCCUGCGCCUUGGCUCCUGACCUGGAGCUCCUUCCUGGUGGUGACAUGACUGAGAUUGGAGAGAAAGGUAUCAACCUGUCAGGGGGUCAGAAGCAACGUGUGAGUUUGGCCAGGGCGGCGUACAGCCAGGCGGAUAUUUACCUGCUGGAUGACCCCCUGUCUGCUGUGGAUUCUCACGUGGGAAAACAUCUUUUUGACAAAGUGAUCGGACCCACCGGAAUGCUCAAAGACAAGACACGUAUCCUGGUGACUCACGGAGUGAGCUUCCUGCCUCAUGUGGAUGAAAUUGUUGUCUUGGUCAAUGGAGUGGUUUCCGAGGUUGGAUCCUACAACAGCCUCCGUGCUACCAAAGGAGCCUUUUCGGAGUUUUUAGACACAUAUGCCAAAGAACAAAACAAUGCUGCCAAGCCUGAGAGAGAACGUGGCCAGAGUGUUGCGGAGACGGAGAUUAUCCCUGAAGGAGAUGACACCCACCCUGACUCCCCCCUAGAGGACACCGUCACAGUGACUCUGAAGAGAGAAAACAGCAUUCGUCGGAGCCAGCGCAACAGCAGUUUUAGAGUUGGAAAAAACAGCUCUACGAGGAAAUCUGAACAUGCAGGUGAGACAAACAAAGGCCAAAGGCUCAUUGAGAAGGAAACUAUGGAAACAGGACAGGUGAAGUUUUCAGUCUACCUCCAGUACCUGCGAGCUAUGGGCUGGGGAUAUACCACCAUGGUCUUCCUGAUGUACUUUAUCCAGAACAUUGCAUUCAUCGGCCAGAAUAUUUGGCUGAGUGACUGGACUAAUGAUGCAGUGGAGUACUACAACAAGACAUACCCUACAUCGAAGAGGGACACCAGGGUGGGGGUAUUUGGAGCUCUGGGAGUGGCUCAGGGCCUCUUUGUGUUUCUUGGUACACUGCUGAUGGCCAAUGCCUCAGUUGAGGCGUCUCGAAUUCUGCACUCCAGGCUGCUCAACAACGUACUGCGUGUUCCAAUGCUGUUCUUUGACACCACGCCCAUCGGAAGGGUGGUCAACCGCUUUGCAAAGGAUAUAUUCACUGUCGAUGAGGCCAUCCCACAGUCGUUCCGCUCUUGGCUCAUGUGUCUGUUGGGGGUCCUGGGGACACUCUUUGUCAUCUGUCUGGCUACUCCUUUCUUCACCGUUAUCAUCAUUCCUCUGACUGUGGUGUACUUCUUUGUACAGCGUUUCUAUGUAGCGACGUCAAGACAGCUGCGUCGACUUGACUCGGUGUCUCGCUCUCCCAUAUAUUCACACUUUGGCGAGACGGUGUCUGGCCUGUCUGUGAUAAGAGCUUACGGCCAUCAAGAAAGGUUUCUCCAGCACAAUGAAAACACCAUUGAUGAGAACCUAAAGUCCGUCUACCCGUGGAUCGUAUCGAACAGAUGGCUGGCUAUUCGUUUGGAGUUUCUGGGAAAUCUAGUGGUCUUUUUUGCCGCUUUGCUAGCGGUCAUUUCCAGGGAUACUAUAGACAGUGGCCUUGUUGGCCUGUCCAUAUCCUACGCCCUCAAUGUUACGCAAACCCUGAACUGGCUUGUUCGGAUGUCCUCAGAGCUGGAGACCAAUAUUGUCGCGGUGGAGAGAGUGAGUGAAUACAGCGUCCUUGAUAAUGAGGCCAGGUGGGUGACUGAAACCCGGCCAUCCGAGAAGUGGCCUGAGGAAGGAAGACUUGUGUUUGAAAACUACAAGGUCCGUUACAGACCGGGUUUGGACCUGGUGCUACAUGGCAUCUCCUGUGACAUUGGUAGCACAGAGAAGAUCGGUAUUGUGGGCCGCACAGGAGCUGGGAAAUCCAGCUUGACCAACUGUCUGUUUCGAAUCAUUGAAGCUGCCGAUGGUCGUAUCCUCAUCGACAAUGUUGACAUAUCCAAAAUAGGCCUGCAUGACCUAAGAAACAGGCUCACCAUUAUACCACAGGAUCCUGUGUUGUUCUCCGGAACAUUGAGGAUGAACCUCGAUCCAUUUGACCGAGUCAGCGAUGAGGACAUCUGGAGAGUGCUUCAGCUCUCCCACCUUAAGGAGUAUGUGGCAGGGCUGCAGGAGGGAUUACAUCAUGAGGUUGCAGAAGGAGGAGAGAACCUUAGCGUUGGACAGAGGCAGUUGCUGUGUUUAGCCCGUGCACUGCUCAGGAAGUCCCGCAUAUUAAUUCUGGAUGAGGCUACGGCAGCUGUAGACCUGGAAACGGAUGACCUGAUCCAGACGACCAUUCGCAAAGAGUUUGCACACUGCACCGUCCUCACCAUCGCCCAUCGUCUGCACAGCAUCAUGGACAGCUCGAGGGUGAUGGUGCUUGAUUCCGGAAGGAUCGUGGAGUUUGAUUCUCCGAGUAGGCUGCUUGAAAAACAAGGACAUUUCUAUUCCAUGGCCAAGGAUGCUGGGAUAACACAAGCAGAAAUCACAAGUCUAUGAUUUGUAUGUUUUUGUUUAAAUGUUUUGAUGUAUAAUUCCAAAGGUUGUCUUGUCCGUGGAUGUACUUGUUUGUAUUUAAAGCAGAAACAAUCACAUGUAAUGUGUAAAUAAUGUUUGUAUAUACAGUAUACAAAUUUGAAUAAAUAUUUUUCUCAAAUGCUGCGGGGUUGUUUAAAUCUCGCAUGACUUUGUAGGACAUGAUUAUAACCUGCUUUCACUCAAAAAUUCCCACAACCCAAUUAGGACAAGGAGUAUAUGCAUUUAAUUAUUUGUUGCAUAAUAGUCAAAAUACUUCAUAAAUACACAUAAUUACAGUACGAUAUGAAUCUUAGUAUAAUUCUUUGUAUAUAGUAUAUCAUUUAGCUAACACGUGUACAAGGAUAUUUCACAUGCCUUUACUGUGUAUAUAAUUGAACAGUGUUUAUGUUGUGUAAAAGGUGUAUUUAUAAUAUGUUGUGCAAAGGAAAUUUCAUAGUUUUUGGAAGUUCAUCUUCUAUUUCACAUUGUUUAUAAGUGCAAUAAGUGUUCAACUUCAGCCUAAACCCUUUCGGUCUGCAACAUUUUCAAUUUAUGAAUGUACAACUGUUUGUUUAUGUAAAACUGUUUGUUUAUUUUGUUGACCACUGACCGAAGAAAUAAUAAACUAAACUAACUAAACUAAACUAAUCUUUAAGUUGAAGAAGGCAAUGUACUUACUGUAUGAGAACUGAUCAGAGGACCAACAAAUAUUGUAUAUCUCUGCCUGUUUCCUGAUUAAAUAUUUUUUGCAGAUAUUUAAUCAGUUGUUGAAUUAAUUGAUCGCAGUAAUGGAAUGUUAACAGUGAAUGUUGAAAGAUGGCGCCACUGGCUGCUAUUUGCAGGAGCUCUUUGCUCUUGUGUAUCCCCUUUUGACUUCUUGAUGUUUCCCUCUUGUUUUCAUGUUUUUUUUGUUUGCCUUUUGAUUAUGGGCCCCCUUGGUACCCUUCAAAAAGGGGUGCCAUUUUUAUGACUUUUUUUGUGAACUUUUGGAUCUGCCUACAAGGAGCCUUAUGACCAUGGCCAUGUUUGCACCGGAGACAAGCAGCUGGCUCUCUGCCACACCGGAGUUCGUGUGGAGAGACCGGAAGAGCUGGGUCUGCGGAGCUCGUGCUGAGCGUCGGGAGCGACAAGAGUCACGGAGCCCUGGCUGAACGAGAAUGUAUCGAACGAGUUCUCGCUCAUCCCCGUGGACUGGACAUUGGCCGAGAGCUAAGGGGCAGCCUUUGACGAAGUUAGCUCUCUUGGUUGCUUUGUUGGGUGUGCUCCUGUUCAAGGCGAUGUCGUGGAGCACCACAAACAUUUUGUUUUUGUUUUGUUGUUUGUCUAUGCAUGGUGCAAUCAUAUGUGUGCAAUAUGUAUUAUUUAUUGCUCUUUUUGUUGUUGUGUUGUACUUUUGUAGCUGUAUGUAGAAAUGGCGCCGCUGAAGUGGCAACUGGUUGCAUCAGUUCUGUGCACUUUUAAUGGAUUGUAUGUUCAUUGUAUUCUUUGAUGUUUUACUUUCGUUUUCCUCUGUUUUUUACCCAUUUUUUGUGGACUUUUUGUACCUGCACUGUAA